CUCGACUCAAAUCAACAACAAAUUCCAAUCGCCUCUGUUCUCUUCUGCGUUGCGGCUCGUAGCAAAUUUCCCAAAAACAAGACGACGGCAACGGGAGGCAUCGUCCCAUUCUUCUGCGUCGUCGACAACAAGGAGGUUUCCUCAUCUUGCGGAUUUGAUUGAUGGGAACCGAGAGGAAGAGAAAGGUGAGUUUGUUCGACGUUGUGGACGACGCCGCCGUCUCCACCAAGAUCUCCAAGCUCAACGGUGUUGGUGCCGCGCUUCAGCCCAACAACGCCGCCAUGUCCUCUUCCGUCAAUAGCUGGACCGGCAGGCCCUACUCCCAGAGGUACUAUGAGAUCUUGGAGAAGAGGAAGACUCUUCCUGUUUGGCACCAGAAAGAGGAGUUCCUGCAGGUCUUGAAAGCCAAUCAAACCCUCAUCUUGGUCGGAGAAACUGGUAGUGGUAAAACCACUCAGAUACCUCAGUUUGUUCUUGAUGCUGUUGAUGUUGAGACCCCUGAUAAGCGAAGGAAGUAUAUGAUUGGAUGCACUCAACCUCGGAGGGUUGCUGCAAUGUCUGUUUCUCGUCGAGUUGCUGAAGAGAUGGAUGUGACCAUUGGAGAGGAAGUGGGUUAUAGCAUUCGUUUUGAAGACUGCAGUAGUGCUCGGACAGUUUUGAAGUACUUGACUGAUGGUAUGCUUUUAAGAGAAGCCAUGACAGAUCCACUCCUAGAAAGAUACAAGGUUAUAAUUCUUGAUGAAGCUCAUGAAAGGACACUGGCAACUGAUGUUCUCUUUGGGCUUCUCAAGGAGGUGUUGAAAAAUAGGUCAGAUCUCAAGUUAGUUGUUAUGAGUGCCACACUUGAGGCUGAGAAGUUUCAGGGUUAUUUUUAUGGUGCACCUCUCAUGAAAGUUCCUGGUCGGCUUCAUCCUGUGGAAAUCUUUUACACUCAGGAGCCUGAGAGGGACUAUCUUGAAGCAGCUAUUCGAACUGUGGUGCAGAUACAUAUGUGUGAGCCUCCUGGUGACAUCCUUGUUUUUCUCACUGGAGAAGAGGAGAUUGAGGAUGCAUGUCGGAAAAUAACAAAAGAAAUUAACAAUUUGGGAGAUCAAGUGGGCCCUGUGAAAGCAGUUCCUCUUUAUUCUACGCUUCCACCUGCUAUGCAACAGAAGAUUUUUGAAGCUGCUCCUCCCCCACUAGUGGAAGGUGGUCCUCCUGGAAGGAAGAUUGUUGUGUCCACAAAUAUUGCUGAGACGUCAUUGACUAUAGAUGGUAUUGUAUAUGUUAUAGACCCAGGGUUUGCAAAGCAAAAAGUUUAUAAUCCUAGGGUACGUGUUGAAUCGUUGUUGGUUUCUCCAAUUUCAAAGGCAAGUGCUCACCAAAGAUCUGGGCGUGCUGGAAGAACGCAACCUGGAAAAUGUUAUAGACUUUAUACAGAGAAGAGUUUUCAUAAUGAUCUUCAACCACAGACCUAUCCAGAAAUACUUCGGUCCAACCUUGCCAAUACAGUUCUAACUUUGAAGAAGCUAGGGAUAGAUGACCUGGUCCAUUUUGAUUUCAUGGAUCCCCCGGCACCUGAAACAUUAAUGAGAGCCUUGGAGGUUUUGAAUUACCUUGGUGCCUUGGAUGAUGAUGGAAACUUGACCAAGCUGGGUGAGAUCAUGAGUGAGUUCCCACUAGAUCCUCAAAUGGCAAAAAUGCUUGUUGUCAGCCCAGAAUUCAACUGCUCCAAUGAGAUUCUUUCUGUUUCUGCCAUGCUAUCAGUACCCAAUUGCUUUGUCCGGCCUAGGGAGGCUCAAAAAGCUGCAGAUGAAGCGAAAGGUCGUUUUAGUCACAUUGAUGGAGAUCACCUCACGCUGCUGAAUGUGUACCAUGCUUACAAGCAAAACAAGGAGGAUCCACAAUGGUGCUAUGAGAAUUUCGUUAAUCAUAGGGCUCUCAAGUCUGCAGAUAAUGUAAGGCAGCAACUCUCACGCAUUAUGACAAGAUUCAACCUCAAGCUGUGUAGCACAGACUUCAACAGCCGUGACUACUAUGUCAACAUAAGAAAGGCCAUGUUAGCUGGAUAUUUCAUGCAGGUGGCUCAUUUGGAACGUACUGGUCACUAUCUGACAGUGAAGGACAAUCAAGUGGUUCACUUGCAUCCUUCAAAUUGCCUGGAUCAUAAGCCAGAAUGGGUUAUAUACAAUGAAUAUGUGUUAACAAGCAGGAAUUUCAUCCGGACUGUUACUGAUAUUCGUGGUGAAUGGUUGGUUGAUAUAGCACCACACUAUUAUGAUCUCUCAAAUUUCCCCCAGUGUGAAGCAAAGCAUGUACUUGAUAGACUAUACAAGAAGAGGGAGAGAGAUAGAGAGCAAAACAAGAAAAAGAAGUAAAGGGUGUUAUGCUUGCAGUGAAGUUCAAAAAUUUUUAGUUACUCAUGUUGCUCUCAUUAUUAUUCAGGUUUUUGCAUAAGAUAAGAUGGGACAGAUGGUGUACCAUUGUGGAAAUGUAGUUUUCUAAAUAGUUUGGUUAUCUCACUUAUCUGUAUGAAUUGACAUUCAUGUGUUUGAAGGAUACAUUUUGUUCCAAGUGUUAUAAAUUUUAUUAUUACUGAAAUAGUAAUGUUGUACG